AUGGACGAGGCCGAAGUAGUCAGAAUUGUGGAAUCGACUGUUACAAAGAAGAAUGAGAAUCUCUUAGCGUCUAUGAAGUCGUUGCUUGAUGACUCCUUAAACGAGCUGAAACGUUCGCAUGCGGACACCGCAGAUUCCCACCUCAAAGAAAUCAAGAAGACCCAAGACAUGCCAAGAAGCUUAAGUUCGAUGAGCCUCAUUGGUUUAAAAGAGAGGUAAGGAAGAUCAAUAUCGAUUCAACCUCAAAGUCAGCGACGCUAUCGAAGAGGCUAAAGAUGCCUGUUCCGCCCGUCAGUUUGAUAAAGCUUUGGUAAAGUUCACGCUUCACUAGAGAAAGGUGAGAAGUUAUUGACUGAGAUGCAGAAACAUAUUAUGCUUGCUGACAAGUCAGACUUUGGAUGGUCAUUGAUUCGUGAAUACGAGCGUAACGAUCUUCCGGAGGAUUCCGACGACGAGAAGAAGAUUGUCAGAGCAGAGGCUAGGGCACGUACCCAGGCUGAACAAAGCGGUUGUUUGAAGUCAAGGCCAACAAACAGAAGCGAGUCCACUGCGUUAACGACGGUCGCGGCCGCUGCUUCUAGCCAGUGUAGUGGGAAACCUACUCCAAUAGUGCAGACCAGAACGCCACAAGCCAAGCCGGGUUUCUGUUUUGCCUGCAAUAAACCUGGACAUUGGAGGGCCCAGUGUCCUUAUUCUGCAAAGUCAACCACGGGCUAA